UUAUCUUUUGCAUACCCUCUUUCCUCUCUCUCUCUCUCUCUCUCUCUCUCUGAUGUCGAAUGGCGGCGCUUAGAAGACUGGUUGGGCCUAAUCGUAGUUUAUCACACGCUUCUCUUCUUCCUUCAACUUUUCUCAUUUGCUGCAGAGGAGUUGCUUUCAGACUUCUCGUUGAAGGAUUGUCCUCUUACACCACAGAGCAAAGAUUAGCAGAAGCAUUUUCUCCAUAUGGUCAAGUUUUUGAAGCAAAAAUUGCAAUGGACAGCGUCUCAGGCAGAUCAAAAGGAUUUGGAUUUGUGACCUUAUCAAAAGAUGAUGCAGAGAAAGCCGUUACUGAGAUGGAUGGAAUGGAACUGAAUGGACAAGUUAUUUUUGUGCGUUAUUCAAAGCUCAUAACCAGUUUCGGAGGUGGAAUGCCAAUAGCCAGAGGGCCUCCAGAACCGACUGCUGAUAAGAAGUUCGUGGAACUGAAGGGCCGCUGGUGGAGACAAAAAUUAAUGUGGCAUAGAUGGUAUUGUACUUCGCAUUUACCAUCUCAACUCAAAGAAAAAUAUGGGCCAAACACCAGAAUUCCUUUCUUCAGUAGACCCAUUUCAUCAAAAGCUUCAGAGCAACCAGGACAAACUGGAUCAAAGAAUCAACCGGGACAAUCUGGUUCAGAGACUAGAAAAGACAUAUCAACCGUUGAGGAUCCCAUUGAUGCAUCUGCACGUCCAUAUGCACCUCAACUGAAAGAGUACAAGGUCUUUAACAAGGCUCUGAAGAGGAUUCAAGAUGACGGUCAGGUUAGGGUGAGGAUUGGAUCCCCCAUUACAGGUUAUGGUCAGGAAAGCGAAGAUUAUGAUGUACACCAUUAUAUUCCUAACAAGAUUUGGACCGAUGACGAUGGUGUAGAGCAUGUAGAGAUUAAUUUCUAUAUCCGCGGACCUCAUGGAGCUGGGAAAGUUUACACUGAGAUGUUCAAGGACCAAGUGGACAAGCAGUGGAAGUAUACACAAUUGAUUGUUGUUAUCAUAUCACCAACUCUUUCACAAUUGAUUCUAGAGUCUUAUAUGUCGGCUUAUAACGUGGACACCAAUUAGUCAGAGUCUGACUCGGUUUCUUUCUGUACCAAAUAACAUGGAGAAGGUUACCAAUCUAGUGAUGCCAAUAGUAAUCCUUCUCAUUCUUAAUUUUAUAUAUAUAUAUAUAACUCUUUGGAAAGUGCUGAGUUUGAAUUUUGAAGUCCAAUUUUUUAUUUACUAGCAAGAGGAAUUGUGAUGAGAAUGUUUCAUACUUUUGUUGCAUAUGUAUCAAGUUGGGUAAGCUGAUUGUUUCAGGCUUAUCCACAUAUGACACUGACCUCAGGCAGAUCAGGGUUGUAUGAAGGAAAAGCAUGAAUGAAAGUGAAAUAAUUUUUUUUUU